CAUAAUCAACAAAAAAAUGACUACUUUCUAUCUCUCACUCAUCAUCUCUCUCUUUUUCCUUAUCAUCACUUUGAAGGUCUUCUUCAAUACUUCAAGAAAGUUCAAAAACCUUCCACCAGGCCCACAAUGUCUUCCUAUAAUUGGAAACCUUCACCAACUCAAACAACCACUCCACCACACAUUCCACACCUUAUCACAAAAAUAUGGCCAAAUCUUUUCUCUUUGGUUCGGUUCUCGUCUCGUCGUUGUUGUUUCAUCGUUAACAAUAGCACAAGAAUGUUUUACCAAAAACGACAUAGUUUUAGCGAACCGACCUCAUUUCUUAACUGGAAAAUAUAUUGGCUACAACAAUACUACGGUAGCACAAUCACCUUAUGGUGACCAUUGGCGCAAUCUUCGACGAAUAUUAUCAAUUGAAAUACUCUCAUCUCAUCGUUUAAAUUCCUUCUUGGAAAUACGAAGAGAUGAGAUUAUGAGACUAAUACAAAAGCUAGCACAAAAAUCAUACAAUGGUUUCACCGAAGUGGAACUUAGACCUAUGUUUUCGGAAAUGACAUUUAAUACUAUAAUGAGAAUGGUGUCGGGGAAAAGAUACUAUGGAAAUGAUUGUGAUGUGAGUGAUGUUGAGGAAGCAAGGUUGUUUAGAGGGAUAAUUAAAGAGGUUGUUAGUUUAGGAGGAGCUAACAACGUUGGUGAUUUUUUGGGUUUUUUAAGGUGGUUUGAUUUUGAUGGUUUGGAAAAGAGGCUUAAGAAGAUUAGUAAGAGAACCGAUGCAUUUUUACAAGGGCUUAUUGAUGAACAUCGUUUUGGAAAGAGGAAUAGUAACACUAUGAUUGAUCAUCUCUUAACACAGCAACAAUCACAACCCGAAUAUUAUACGGACCAAAUCAUCAAAGGACUUAUGGUGGUUAUGUUACUUGCGGGAACAGACACAUCAUCCGUAACAAUAGAAUGGGCUAUGUCCAAUUUACUAAACCAUCCAGAAAUAAUGAAGAAGGCAAAAAAUGAGUUGGACACCCAUAUAGGACAUGAUCGCCAAGUAGAUGAGCAUGACAUUUCAAAACUUCCUUAUCUUCAAAGCAUUGUCUAUGAAACCCUUCGACUACAUGCAGCAGCUCCAUUAUUAGUGCCUCAUUUGUCAUCAGAAGAUUUUUCCUUAGGAGGAUAUAAUAUCCCACAAAACACAAUUUUGAUGGUGAAUGCUUGGGUCAUUCAUAGAGAUCCAAAUUUGUGGAGUGAUCCUACUUGUUUUAAGCCAGAGAGGUUUGAGAAAGAAGGUGAGGUGAAUAAAUUACUUUCAUUUGGGUUGGGUAGAAGGGCUUGUCCAGGAGAAAACUUAGCCCAAAGGACUGUGGGCUUGACUUUGGGCUUAUUGAUUCAGUGUUUUGAGUGGAAACGAAUAGGUGAAGAAAAAAUUGACAUGGUUGAAGCAAAAGGGAUCACGGUGGGAAAAAAGACUUCCUUAAAUGCAAUGUGUAAAGUGCGACAUCCAUUGAAGAUUAAGGAUGUUUUUUAGUUUUUAUUAAUGUUUGAGAUUUGUUGAAAACAUGCACAUGAUGCAAACAUGUUGAAUGAAGAUAUUUUCUAAUACUGAGUUGUGUAAAAUAGGCUCAUAUGGUGUAUUCGUUUGUAUGAUCAUGGAUAACAUAACAUGUUUUCGUUUUAUACACAA